GUUUUGUUUUGUUUGCCAAUGUGGUCGCCUCUGAAACUGUCCUGUUUCUGAUUGCAACUCUUGAAGAAACGGCAGAGUCGUCUUCUUGCAUGUGUUGGGCAUUCAUGUAAGAUGGAGAGAACAUAACAUAUGAGAGAGGAAGUUAGGAUCUCAUUUGUUUUGGGACUUUUAAAACAACAUAUCAGUGAGGUUGUUUCAGAUGUGUGCAAAAUGCGAUGAUCGUUGCAGUUGCAGAAAUGCUCAACUAUCUUCAGAGGAAAAGAAGAAUGCUGAGGAUUCAAACAACUUUGUUUUUCCAAGAAGCUCUUCCCAGCUGUCAGCAAUUAGUAUAAUGUCUGAGAGUAAUGCACCUGAUCUUGUUUACAAGAGGAAGAAGUUACCAGAAAACUCUGUCACAAUUCUUUCAGCGAGUGAUGUGAAAAACCUGAGAACUGGUGAUUGCCUUUCGUUUAUACAUUCUGAUGCUCCUUCAUAUGCUGGUAAGGACCAAUAUGUUCAUUUCGGAAAAGGGGAACUGUCAGCAGUUAGUAUAAUGUCUGAAAGUACGGCACCUAAUUUUGUAUACAAGAGGAGGAAGUUACAGGAAAACUCUGUAACCACACUUUCAGCAUGUGAUGCGCAAAACCCAAAAACUGGCGAUUGCCUUUCGUCUAUACAUUCUGAUGCUCCUUCACUUGCUGGUAAGGAACAGUAUGUUCAUUCUCAAAAAGGGGAACUGUCAGCAGUUAGUAUAAUGUCUGAAAGUACUGCACCUAAUUUUGUAUACAAGAGGAGGAAGGUACCCGAAAACUCCGUCACCAUACUUUCAGCAUGUGAUGUGAAAUAUCCGAGAACUGGUGAUUGCCUUUCGUUUAUACAUUCUGAUGCUCCUUCACUUGCUGGUAAAGACCAACAUGUUCAUUCUCAAAAAGGGGAUCCGAAUGGACCAUGUUUAUGCAAUAGAGAGUCCACUGUUCUAAAAUCACAGUCUUUCCAUGGGUUCUCUGUUAAUGAGGAAUUAGUUUCUGAUAAAACACCUAAAGCUAGUGUUCCAAAAGGUUUAGAGGUAGACAGUGUAAAUGAUAGUUGCUCAUCAUCAAAGUCAAAUAUGGAGAACGUGUCCACCUCCAAUAAGACUGAAGUAGAUGAAACCGCUGAGUGCUCCUCUUCUAGUGCAAUAGUUAUGGAGGCUGUGGGAGAUCUGUCUGAAAAGGAUUUCUGCAUUUCUAUUCUCAGAACUCAUGGGCUGCUCGGGGAAGUUCAGACCACUAGGAGCUGUGAGUCUGCUGAAGACAUUAGUACCAGUAAGAGCUGUCAACGGUCAUGCAAAAUCUGUAAUCGUUCAGAAACCGCUCAGAAACUGCUAAUUUGUGAUAAUUGUGAAGAGGCAUUUCACAUGUCAUGCUGCCAGCCACGUAUAAAGAAAGUACCUAUAGAUGAAUGGUUCUGUCAUUCCUGCUUGAAAGAGAAACAUACACUUCUAAACGAGAGAGUUAGAAAAUUUCCAAAUAUCACUAGUGUCAUGAGCAGGAAUGCGUCAUCUAAGGAUGAAGUAAAUCCCAUACUAUUGAUGCUGAGAGACACUGAACCAUAUAGAACUAGUGUGCGAGUUGGCAAAGGUUUUCAAGCGGAUGUUCAUGACUGGUCUGGUCCAAUAAACAAUGAUGGCAUUGGCGAACCAUUGGAAUUACAUCCUUCGGAGCAUGCUAGACUGCAUGAGUUGAGCUCUAGCAAACCCUCAAAAGCUCGCCCUAUAAGUAACUGGAUUCAAUGCCGAGAAGUUGUUGAUCCUGAAAAAGGAAUAAGAUGCGGAAAGUGGCGCAGGGCUCCUCUCUUUGAAGUCCAAACUAAUAACUGGGAGUGCUUCUGCUCUAUCCUGUGGGAUCCAAGCCAAGCUGACUGUAAUGUGCCUCAGGAAUUGGAAACAGAUGAAGUUCUAAAGCAACUGAAGUAUGUUGAGACGCUGAGGCCCCGGCUCUCUGCUCAACAACAUAAUUUGGGUCGCGCCAACAGCACUGGUGAUUUACAAAACCGCAGAAUAGAUACCAAAAGUUUACAAACUCUCUGAUACGGUGAGAACUCAUUGAGAGUGUUACCUUGUACAUUGAUUUCAUAUAUAUCAAAUGGGAGUUGGCUUUCACCACAGUUAAUUGGACUAAAAAUUUUGUUGUCGGAGUACAAUGGCUUCUGCGCCUCCCAUUUUGGUGUUGUUUGAUAUUC